CUGCAGUUCAGACUCCAGCAGAGGAGGACUGGAAAGCAGCUUGCAGACCAGGGUAUCAUGCCUCGUGAGUAACACUCUUUUACACACACAGACAUGUUCAAGUGUACGUACACACACACACCUCUCAGCCACCAACGUGACAAGUGUGUCUCAUAAGUAUGUGGGGCACCAUGUACUGCAUUACUAGAGAGAGAGAGAAAGAGAGAGAGCUAGAUUGAACUUGCAACAUUGGACAACUGCGCUGAAACAUGACACGCUACAUGACCUCACUUCUACGAGCCGACGCACUUACCUCAUGAUUACACAACCUAGUCCUUAACACUGUGUAACCAGAGACCCCUCAACCCCAUAACACUAUGUUAAAGAUAAUCUAUGAUCUAUCCAGGUCGCAGUUGUAAAUGAGAACCUGUUCUCAACUGGCUUACCUGGUUAAAUAAAGGUGAAAUAAAAAAUAUAUAUAUAUACCUCUAACCCCAUAAUAUGAUACAGCUGAUCUAUGAUCUAUACCUCUAACCCCAUAAUAUGAUACAGCCGAUCUAUGAUCUAUACCUCUAACCCCAUAAUAUGAUACAGCUGAUCUAUGAUCUAUACCUCUAACCCCAUAAUAUGAAACAGCUGAUCUAUGAUCUAUACCUCUAACCCCAUAAUAUGAAACAGCUGAUCUAUGAUCUAUACCUCUAACCCCAUAAUAUGAUACAGCUGAUCUAUAAUCUAUACCUCUAACCCCAUAAUAUGAUACAGCUGAUCUAUGAUCUAUACCUCUAACCCCAUAAUAUGAUACAGCUGAUCUAUGAUCUAUGAUCUAUACCUCUAACCCCAUAAUAUGAUACAGCUGAUCUAUAAUCUAUACCUCUAACCCCAUAAUAUGAUACAGCUGAUCUAUGAUCUAUACCUCUAACCCCAUAAUAUGAUACAGCUGAUCUAUGAUCUAUACUCUAACCCCAUAAUGAUACAGAUGAUCUAUGAUCUAUACCUCUAACCCCAUAAUAUGAUACAGCUGAUCUAUGAUCUAUACCUCUAACCCCAUAAUAUGAUACAGCUGAUCUAUGAUCUAUACCUCUAACCCCAUAAUAUGAUACAGCUGAUCUAUGAUCUAUACCUCUAACCCCAUAAUAUGAUAACAGCUGAUCUAUGAUCUAUGAUCUAUCCUCUAACCCCAUAAUAUGAUACAGCUGAUCUAUGAUCUAUGAUCUAUACCUCUAACCCCAUAAUAUGAUACAGCUGAUCUAUGAUCUAUGAUCUAUACCUCUAACCCCAUAAUAUGAUACAGCUGAUCUAUGAUCUAUGAUCUAUACCUCUAACCCCAUAAUAUGAUACAAGCCUGAUCUAUGAUCUAUGACCCUAUAAACCCCAUAAUAUGAUACAGCUGAUCAUGAUCUAUACCUCUAAACCCCCAUAAUAUGAUACAGCCGAUCUUAUGAUCAUACCUCUAACCCCAUAAUAUGAUACAGCUGAUCUAUGAUCUAUUAACCUCUAAAACCCCCAUAAUAUGAUACAGCCGAUCUAGAUCUAUGAUCUAUACCUCUAACCCCAUAAUAUGAUACAGCUGAUCUAUGAUCUAUACCUCUAACCCCAUAAUAUGAUACAGCUGAUCUAUGAUCUAUGAUCUAUACCUCUAACCCCAUAAUAUGAUACAGCUGAUCUAUGAUCUAUGAUCUAUACCUCUUACCCCAUAAUAUGAUACAGCUGAUCUAUGAUCUAUACCUCUUACCCCAUAAUAUGAUACAGCUGAUCUAUGAUCUAUGAUCUAUACCUCUAACCCCAUAAUAUGAUACAGCUGAUCUAUGAUCUAUACCUCUUACCCCAUAAUAUGAUACAGCUGAUCUAUGAUCUAUGAUCUAUACCUCUAACCCCAUAAUAUGAUACAGCUGAUCUAUGAUCUAUGAUCUAUACCUCUAACCCCACAAUAUGAUACAGCUGAUCUAUGAUCUAUGAUCUAUACCUCUAACCCCAUAAUAUGAUACAGCCGAUCUAUGAUCUAUACCUCUAACCCCAUAAUAUGAACUGGAGUCAUGAAAUGGACAUAUUUCGUCUGCAUUUAAUGCUCCUAAAAGUAUAUUACAAACUGGCUAAUGUCUGUGAUAGAACACUAUAGAGGCCAGAGUUGAAUUCUGUGUGAGUGCACUUGCCUGGGUAUUUAUUUUUUUUAAAUGGUGUGUGCAGGGGGAAUGCAAUCCAGAGGCCUAGCAGGCUAGCACUGCCACUGUGUGUGUGUGUGUGUGUGUGUGUGUGUGUGUGUGUGUGUGUGUGUGUGUGUGUGUGUGUGUGUGUGUGUGUGUGUUAAUAGAUUACAAAAUCUUCCAAAACCCUUCAUGUGUACUGCCGACCUCUCGCCUACAAUCACCAGAUAAACGUCCAAUUGGAAAAACAUUUCUAAAAGAGUAUCUGCCCUGUCAACCAAUCACGUUUGCCCUUGCUGCUUGCUUUAUCUCCGGCAGACUCCCAGGAACUGAUAGGCCAUGCCGGGCCUCUGGAUUCUGUUCCUCCGCACACUUACCACUGGUUACACACGCACGCACGCACGCACCCACACACACACUGUAUUAUCCUUCACAGGACAGGGGACAAACCUGUGACAGAGAGACAAUGUGCGAUGUUAUUUGCCAUUCUGUGCGAUUUUAUUAAGUGAAAAUGGCUCCUUUUGACUAGUAUUGUUAGUCAAUCAUUUUGAAAGGAAUACCAUUAUCAGUAUUGUGUGCACAACUUUGUGCGCUUGAGCUUGUGUGUGCGCGUGCGUGCGUGCGUGUGUGCGUGUGAAAUGGACAUGGCCUGGGGUGUGUAUAUAUAUUACCCAGGAGCAUCUGGUGUUUGUUAGACUCAGGGUGCUGCUUCGGCCUCUCAGGGCUCUCUGGUGUGUGACUGGCUGAGGAAGUGUCCACGCACGCAUUCACUCUUACCACUGGUCACACACACACACACACACACACACACACACACACACACACUGCCUCUUAACUCUGACGUGUGGUUGGCGGAGGAGGAAGGGGCCACACACACAUCCUUCCUUCCUUACUCCCAUCCUCUCUUUUUUUCCUUUUUUUGUCUUUUUAGGAAUGUAUUGGGAUAUUCACUCAUGAAGGUCAUUAUCUCCUAAAGUAGUGCAGUAGUUGUUAUAUUUGAUGGUAGCCAGAUGUCGGAUCAUAACUUGAUUACUCUUUUGUCGCAUAGAAUUUUCCUGCUGCAUCAUGAGCCUCACGAGUCCCUGAAAAUGAGCAGUUCUGUUUCUCUCCAUGCGGAGGAAGUCGAGUCAUUGGGAUCAGCGCUUGCUAUCUAAAAUAAUAUUCUCUCUCCCGCUCGCUCAACCGCUACAGGCCGUACACAUCAACAACCGUCGUUUUAUAUAUCGCUUAAUAACACAAGGUAGAUAUUGGUCUCCACUAGGCUACUACAUACAAGUGUCAAGUGUCAUAUUAUUUAUUAUAUUAUUAUAUUAUAAGUGUAUCCUAAGCACAACAUGUAGUUAAAUCGUGGCCUGGGGUGGUCUAGUGGUUGGGUCCACUGCCUUCAGCAUGCACAUAUAGGCCUACCUUUUCAGCAUGGGUUCCCUUCUGGCACAAAUAACUCAAUCCCCCCGAUUGACUUAAUUUAUUAACUAUGGAUAUUUUACCCCCGAUCUCGUUAAGAAGUGACCAUACCAGACACUUUUGGAUAACAUAAAUAAUAAAAUAACAACAGUCAGUAUGCUACACCAACGUUAGUGUCCAUUCAUACAAAGUGUUGGGUAAAUUACCACAAUAGAUUUGCCGUGGUAAACGAGGAAAAUACAUUAUUUAUAUUGUACUGAAUGCUUGUCGAAUAGAUAAAUCGCCCUUGUUCAAAAAAGGACUACAUUGUUCCUGUGACAAUACCAACCAGAGGGCGAACAUACUGUAUCUUGAAAGACUUUGGUCGCAAGCGGGACUGACGUCAUCUUUUAGGGAGCGGUAAUGAGGUGACCAAUAAUAGCUGCAAUUGAUAUCAGCUGAUCAGAAUUUAGUUCAUAUUAAUGGUUUGAUGAGACAUCAGCUGGCGAUAAUCUAGUGCCAUCAAUGGUUGCAAUAGGCCCUUUGUUAUUUGAUUAUAUGCCAUUACAUUCUGUAGCCUACCCGUUAGUCUAUCCAUUGUCACAUAAAGAAAGGUGUGAAAACCCAUAAUAAGCCUAUCCAAAGACGAUUUAGUUGAGCUGAGACACUUUUCUUUAGUGUAUAAAUUAUCUAUUCAGUUUACUUCUACUAAGCUGACCUAUGGAAUUGUUUUAAGAUGGUCAUACCAUGGAUCAUUUAUCUAUUUGAUUUGGAACUUUAGAACCCUGUAGGUAUACAAAACAUAUAUUUAAAAAAUGAUUUGAUAAAAUAUAGAAUUUGGCCUUUACUACUAAAGCCCAUAGAGAUGCAUUGAAUAACACAUUCAUAAACGGCAAAACAGACAGUCAACAAAUAAAUCAUAAGGGAUAAGGUUUUGAAGUAUCUUUCCUAUGUCGAGGAGAUACUAGAAAGCUCAGGAAAUAUUUACGUUUUUUGGACACAUAUUUAACUCUUUUUUUUUUGUUUUUUUUUUUAUACCGGUACCAUUUACCUUCAGACGAGUCCCGUGACACUUGACACUCCAGAAUCAGGAGGGUAUCUGUAAUACCGACAAUACGUCUUUGACAUCUAUUAGCUUUCCUUCCUCUAAGCAUAAUGAGGAAGUAAUGAAAGCCAGCUUCGAUCAAGGGAGGACUUUUUCAAAUGAAGCACAAAUGCCAUGACAUAGGCGGAUGCAGUGGAUUGAGACGCAGCCCAUGCAAAAAAAAUAACUAGUUUAAACUAACAGAUUUUGAUUUUUGAUAAUUUUUAAUUAUGUUACUUAGAUUGACGCACGAGUCAAUAGACUCUUAAGGACUUGUGGGCUUUAAUGUAAGCUCAGGCUGGUCGCUAGAUCACACAGCACUCAUGAGUCUCGGAGCCAGAGCAUGCUGCUUAGACCACUGCAAUACGGCAGUUCACAACGCUCUAGCACUAAGAAUACUAUGAAUACUGAUGAUACAUAGGCGCGUUGUUUUUAAUUAUUUCGUUUGAAGUCUUCCCCAAACCGUAGCCCUAACCUUAAGCACUCGGAAUUCAUUCCUAAACUGUUAACCUUUUGAGUUGUUUCUCUUUUAACCCUGUAACAAUGCGGCAUUAACAAAAUAGGCAUUCAUCCAUGAGUCAAAGGGCCGGAUUUGAACCCAUGUCGACUCUGGCAUACGUGUGAUGGGGUCGGUGGCUGUAACCGUAAGACCACAUACGCACCGAGGCAACCAAAAUAAUGUAUUCUGCCUAUAUUGCUUGCCUUUAACAUAAUCAAACAAAUGAUUUAAAAAAAAAUAUUUUCCGUAACAAAAAAUAUAACUACCCCCUACAAAUAUGCAAUUUAUUAUAAUCCACGUAAGUAGUCACACGAGAUGCGCUGUAGCCUGCACAUAGACUAUAUAAGGUAGGCUACAAUGUAGGUACGGUACUGUAUCGUAUACAAACACCGCUUCUAGCUGUCCCCUGGUGGCGAUUCUAACUAUGUCUUCAUAUAUUCAAAUCCUCCUGCUGCAGGAUUAGUUUCCUCCUGCUACGAAAGGGGUCAAAUUAAGAUCCGACGUCUGUAUAUGUAGCUAUAAUUUGUAGUCUCUACAAAAUUAAGACUGUUCUUUGGCAGAUGAAAGCGUAUAACUGUGGUUGUUCAAUGUUCCAUCAAUUCUUAAUUAGACAGCAAAAGUUCUUAGAAGGAGCCAAUUAAAUAUUCUUAAUAUCAUUCCAUUCAUUUGACAUUGUUUCCCAUCACAUAGUCCAGAUUUCAGCCUCCGAUUACCCCGUUAAACUCGUGGGAAUUGGCCUGUAUGUAUAGGGCUAAAUUGAAAUGUUUCUUAUAGAAGAAAUAUGAAAUGCAUAACCAUGGUAGCAAUUGAAAGGGAUUCAAGAUUAUGGGGAAAUGAUUAGACCAAAGGAGAGGACACAACAGUUCACUUGGCACAAGACUGAAUCCAAACAUUACACUCACUGUUGAUUUUAUGUGAAUUUUACAUUUACUGUGCUUUUCGCCGCAUUUGUUGAUAAAAACAUCUGAAAAUACUCUGGAUACAUUCAGUAACAUGAUAAGAAUAUUCCUAGAAAAUGUGGGGUAGGUGCAACAUAAGACAAAACAUUUACAAGGGUUUGAGUGAGAGGACUAUCUGCUGUCUCCAUGUGGCCACACACCUCUCCAAAGUGUGCACAGUUCCUUAGUCAUUUCAAUGCACUUUUAAGGGAAAGGGGAUAAUCAGUUGCACAACUGAAUGCAUUCAACCGAAAUGUGUCUUCUGCAUUUAACCCAACCCCUCUUUUAUGAUUAAAAGAAGUGUCUUCAACUAUAAUGCGCUAUUUUGAGCUCUCCUAGCUUUGCACACUUGUAGUUAAAAAAAAAAAGUGGAACACAACCCUGCAUCCCAGCCAUCACACAAUUCCUGUUGUUUAUGCAAUCCAAAAACGGUCCAUUAUCAAUCACAAUAUGGGUCAGGUGGGCAUCAUUUGAAAGCCUGUUCUAUUGCCAACAUGAGUUGCUAAGUUAUAAAAUAUGAUAUUACAGUGUUGGGCUUUUACAAUGCAAUUCAGGGAAACCGAUCAGAAUUUUGAUGCACAUAGACAGAAGUCAUGAGUGCAUUCAGGUGCGUGCAAAUUUUCUUCAAAAUAGACAAACAUUCUGUUCAGAACAACGAAGGGUAUGACGUCAUCUUGUAACUGUAUAUCAAACAUAGUGAUUAUAAAUGUUGACACUAUAUGACAUGAGUUUUAUGGUAUGGAAAUGUGAAGUGCACAUUUGAACACACAGGUGUUUGGCUUGCUUGUAUGAGUGGUAUUUAUUAUAAUCCUCAACGUCUCAUCUUUCAAAAUACACAGUCCUCUUAAUUUACAGCAUUACCCUCACCCAGACAACAAAACAUUUGCAAAAGUUGACCAAUUGGCAGGAGGGAUGGGGGCAACUUCUUCAGAAUGGUUGUCAGUCAAAACCCAUACAGCACUGUGAAGCACAGAGCCAGAGCUCUGACGUCAUGAAUAGCAUGUUACUGUACAGCCACUGAGCUCUGACGUCAUGGUAUAGCAUGUUACUGUCCAGCCACUGAGCUCUGACGUCAUGAAUAGCAUGUUACUGUCCAGCCACUGAGCUCUGACGUCAUGAAUAGCAUGUUACUGUCCAGCCACUGAGCUCUGACGUCAUGUAUAGCAUGUUACUGUACAGCCGCUGAGCUCUGACGUCAUGGUAUAGCAUGUUACUGUACAGCCACUUCGUUCCAAUUUAGGCGUUUAUCGGUGCCCAAAUCUGCCAUUUUUUAACCCGUAUACGGGUAGGAGUGUAAAGGGUUAAAGGUUUGACCAAAUAAGUACUGUCACUAUUUCUCUCGGUGGAUUAAUCCAGCUAGCUCAGGCUGCAGCACAUCAGCAGUUAACCCAUCCUAAGAGAAGCAACCUAACCCAGGAUUAUUUCUAUAGUGUGUGUGCAUAAGGCAGUCUUACCCAUGUCACAGUACCCCCUUUUAAUUAGCUCAACAACAACAAAAAAGUAUCCAGUGGAGGGAGUCUGUCUGCCUACACAUAAAAAAAAAUGAUGCUUCUAAAUAGUACCAUAUAAGGGUGGAACCCUUUUUUGAAGGUUCUAUAAAGAACCAUUAAAAAAAAGUUAUUUAUAGCACCAAAAAGAGUUCCGCUUUGGUUACAACCCUUUUUGGGGCUAUAUAGAACAUGUUUUGUUUUUUUAUAAAACUUUUAUGGAGAAUGGCUCCAUAAAUAACUUUUCUCAAUCUGAAAGGUUCUUUGUAGAUCUUUUUGAAGAACCAUACAGGGUUUUUUUAUUCUGGUCAGCCAUAUUAUAUUGUUAAACUUCCAUAGGUGUUAUCAUUGUGUUAAAUAACAAGUUGAAUCAAGUGAGCUACUUCUGGAACAGCUGAGGGUCCCUGAGGAGAGAAUUGAGAACCACUGACUGAUUUAGUCAACUGUUCACAAUUGACACAAGGCCAAACAUGAGACUUUCACAAUACACCGUCACUGCCCAUGGUUAUUUAUAAUAUGUCAUUGAUAAACUGGAAUGACACUCUCACUCACGGUUACACAAAAAGAGCUGUGAGAAAACCACGUCCCCAAAUAUUCGAUUGAGCCCCCCCCCCCCCCCCCCCCCUACAUUUUAAUUAUCACUAUCACUGCUUGGAACAGGGCUUGAACCAGGAACCUUAUAAAUAGUGAUGGGAAACCGAGGCUUUCUGAAGGCUUCAGCGCUUUCACCAAAUUGUGCCAAAAAACGGCUCAUGACUCGGAGCUUCAUUAUCCGUUCACAAUACACAUUAGUGACAUCUGCUGGUCAGUAAUAGCAACGUGUAAUUAUCAGAUAUUCCUUUUUUUUUUUCCCUCUACUGAUUUUAUAAAAACUCUGUGGCGCAGCGCUAGGUCGUUGGCUUUAGUAGCCAGAUUCACAUCAUGCUUCCCUUUUUACCGUCAAGUUGACUAUUGUUCUAAACCUGAUUCUAUGGCAUUAUUUAGGAUGCUUAUUUAAGAAGCUUAUACUAUACUAAAUAAAACAAAUGAUUUCAACAACAAUUCAGAAAGUGUGGUUUCACAUCAAACUAUUUUCAAAAUAGUCUACCUACAACGGGAUUCAACCUCAUACCCUCACAUUCCAGAAUGUUCCAUAGUCCCCUACUCUACCUGCUAAGCAACCAGUCAGGUGAAACUUUUUGUAAAAAAUACUGAACAAAAAUAUAAACGCAACAUGCAACAAUUUGAAAGAUUUUUACUGAGUUACAGUUCAUAUAAAGAAAUCAGUCAAUUCAAAUAAAUUCAUCAGGCCCUAAACUAUGUAUUUCACAUGACUGGGAAUACAGAUAUGCAUGGUCAUAGAUACCUUAAAAAAAAAAAAAAAUUGCCUCAUGCAGCGCGACACAUCUCCUUCGCAUAGAGUUGAUCAGGUUGUUGAUUGUGGUCUGAGGAAUAUUGUCCCACUCCUCUUCAAUGGCUGUGCGAAGUUGCUGGAUAUUGGCGGGAAAUAGAACACGCUGUCGUACACGUCGAUCCAGAGCAUCCCAAACAUGCUGAAUGGGUGACAUGUCUGGUGAGUAUGCAGGCCAUGAAAGGACUGGGACAUUUUCAGCUUCCAGGAAUUUUGUACAGAUCCUUGUGACAUGGGGCUGUGCAUUAUCAUGCUGAAACAUGAGGUGAUGGCGGUGGAUGAAUGGCACGACAAUGGGCCUCAGGAUCUCGUCAUGGUAUCUCUGUACAUUCAAAUUGCCAUCGAUAAAAUGCAAUUGUAUUCAUUGGCCAUAGCUUAUGCCUACCCAUACCAUAACCCCACCGCCACCAUGGGGCUCUCUGUUCACAAAGUUGACAUCAGCAAACUGCUCGCCCACAAAACGCCAUGCAUGUGGUCUGCGGUUGUGAGGCCAGUUGGACGUACUGCCAAAUUCUCGAAAACGACGUUGUCGGCGGCUUAUGGUAGAUAAAUUAACUUUAAAUUAUCUGGCAACAGCUCUGGUGGACAUUCCUGCAGUCAGCAGGCCAAUUACAUGCUCCCUCAAAACUUGAGACAUCUGUGGCAUUGUGUUGUGUGACAAAAGUGCACAUUUUAGAGUGGCCUUUUAUUGUUAAGGUGAACCUGUGUAAUGACCAUGCUGUUGAAUCAGCUUGUUGAUAUGCCACACCUGUCAGGUGGAUGGAUUAUCUUGGCAAACGAAAAAUGCUCACUAACAGGGAUGUAAAGAAAUCUGUACACAAAAUUUGAGAGAAAUUAGCUUUUUGUGCAUAUUGAAAGUUUCUGGGAUCUUUUAUUUCAGCACAUGGGACCAACACUUUACAUGUUGCGUUUAUAUUUUUGUUCAGUGUAUAUUUGGAAGUAUGGUGUCCAGUAGAGGUUGGUGUUUGAAAACAGCUUGGAAUCCAAGAAAGCACUGGAACCAUAGCGUAAUCAGUGGGAUCUCGCGUUUUGAAACAAGCACGUGAUCAAACAAAGCUUCGGACGUCAUUGAUGACGUACUUUUGAUAAAGUGAUAUGCACAUUGGAACACUGCUUCGAAGUUAGCUGCUUAGCAUACCUCGUAGCUCCAGUAUCAAACGUAACGUCACUACUUAUAAGUCAUCAGUGGAGAUUCAAAUGAGGAGCGAGCCCAACUGGCUUGAAUCAACUCCUAUACAAAAUAGUUAAUAGUCCAGGGAGCUAAUAGUCCAGGGAGCUAAUAGUCCAGGGAGUUAAUAGUCCAGGGAGUUAAUAGUCCAGGGAGCUAAUAGUCCAGGGAGCUAAUAGUCCAGGGAGCUAAUAGUCCAGGGAGCUAAUAGUCCAGGGAGUUAAUAGUCCAGGGAGCUAAUAGUCCAGGGAGCUAAUAGUCCAGGGAGCUAAUAGUCCAGGGAGCUUAUAGUCCAGGGAGCUUAUAGUCCAGGGAGCUAAUAGUCCAGGGAGCUAAUAGUCCAGGGAGCUAAUAGUCCAGGGAGCUAAUAGUCCAGGGAGUUAAGUUGGUUUUGCUUGCUGUGUACAUGUAGACCGGGCGGGGGACGUUUCUUCCGUGGAGGCUCAGCUGAGGCUGAAGAGAGCCUGUCUGGCAGACGACCUCAAUGACAAACUGGCCCUGAGACCUGGCCCCAUGGAGCUGGUGCACAAUAAUAUCAUUCCCCUAGACUGCUGCCUUCAGACAGGCAGCCGCCAUCACAUGUAUCACUGAGUAACACCUAUCUGCCUGCAUCUUGACGUGUGUGACUCGCAUGAACCUGUGUGUGAGUUUUCACAGGUAAAUGUGCGACUUUGCUUGGAGUUUGUUUUUGAGUUUGAAAAUGGUGUGUUUUAACUUUUCAGUGGACUGGAAAUGAGGCUAUACAGCUGCAGUGAAAUACUAUCCGAUGGACCCUGACUAAAAGUAGACAACCUUUUAAGUUUAGUGUGAAUCACAACCACGAGCAUGUAUUAAAUAGUAUGCAGUUUUAGUGGAAGUUAUGUGGCAACCAUAGCAAUACUAUUAAAGCAUACUAUUUUGUAUACUAGCCGGACAAAAAACCUUCAGCAAACAACGAAAGAUCCCUUAACCCAAAGUAUGCGAUUGGGACAUAUUCAAAUGUUUCUCUUACAUCCAAAUAUGUUAGUCCUCCUCUCUAUAUAAAGGUGAAAGAAACGCACACCUCUUUAGGCGAGGUGUUGGCUGACGGCGUAAAACACUUGAAAAGGAAAGACCCACACUCUAGGAGCUCAGAUGCAAUAAUUGAAUAUCCUAAUAACCAACGUUUCCACAGACAAGCUGUCUUCAUCAGGGUAUAAUGACAAACACUGCGGGUCACUAGUUUAUAAAAUGUCAAAGGACACACGCAGGUGUCUGUAAUCAUGGCCGGGUGUGGCCUAAUAGCAUUGGUUAAUUCACAGAUAAAAACAACAUACAAAAAACAUGGGUAGCAUAUGAUCAUAGAUACUUGGCUACAUAGGCCCACAAACAUUUACAAUGAAUAGCAAAAUCACAAGAAUGGCUUCAAAUCUAUUUGCGCCUCUACCGGAUGGAAAUUGUGUAAAGUGUAAUGGCUGCGCUCAAUGCAAUGGCACUUACAAAUGUAGAUCCUUCAAACACCCCCAAACAGGGAAACCGAUCCCAAUUAAAGGUGUUAUUACGUGCUCCACUAAGGCAGUUAUUUAUCUUAUAACUUGUCCUUGUGGUAAAAAUGAUGUGGGUAAAACAAAGCGCAAAUUAAAAGUACGAAUAUCGGAGCAUCGUAGCACCAUUAGGUGCAAAAACUCGACAUACCCAGUCGCUGCCCACUUUUUGGAAGCGAACCACUCGAUUUCUUCCCUACGUUAUAUCGGCAUCGAACAGGUCACCCUCUCUAGGAGAGGGGGUGACCUCGACAAUUUAUUUUUAAAACAAGAGGCUGCCUGGAUCUUUAAUUUAAAGACCCUUGCUCCCUUCGGUCUCAACUUAGACUUUGAUUUGAAGCCAUUCUUGUGAUUUUGCUAUUCAUUGUAAAUGUUUGUGGGCCUAUGUAGCCAAGUAUCUAUGAUCAUAUGCUACCCAUGUUUUUUGUAUGUUGUUUUUAUCUGUGAAUUAACCAAUGCUAUUAGGCCACACCCGGCCAUGAUUACAGACACCUGCGUGUGUCCUUUGACAUUAUAUAAACUAGUGACCCGCAGUGUUUGUCAUUAUACCCUGAUGAAGACAGCUUGUCUGUGGAAACGGUGGUUAGUAAGAUAUUAAAUUAUUGCAUCUGAGCUCCUAGAGUGAGAGGCUUUCCUUUCCUUUUCUUUUCCUCUCUAUAUCUGUCCAGCCAAGGUUUCAGUAUACUCUGGUUUUAUGUUCUCCUCCUCUCUCUCUUCAGUAAACAUAUUGCGGUCAACACAAGGCUGGAGCGCCAAGGUUUACUCUACCUCCUUACGAACAGGGACUAGCUUUAUAGAGACAAACAGCAGCUGUAUUUGGGUCCAGAGGAGAAGGGCAUGUGUGUGUUUGUCUGUCUUUCUGUGUGUGUGUGGGUGUCCCUCCCCCGUGUCUCUGUUUUGACUCUGUCUGAUUUACAUGGCUCCAGUGAGUCACCUACGAAGGUAGCUGAUUGCAGAAGGCUGUUGUUCAGCUGUCCGGUAAUGUGCCGAUGACCUCUUCCAUUUUGUUUAUCAUCUUUGAAAAUAUUAGAUCUCUGAUACUUCAAAACAGUUGAGGUCUGCUGAUAGAGAUUCUAACAUCAAUACAAGAACAUACACAGCAAUACUAAUAGUUACUGAGUGAGAAUACCUCACAGGCUGUAGACCAUACUAUUUACCAAGAGCGUUUUCAUCCAUAUUUUUCGUAUUUACCACAAACCGAUGCACUAAGACACUCAAUGAGCUGCAUAGGGACAUAAGCAAACAGGAAAAAACUAGGAAAAUUGAAAUCCGUUUUACCUCAUUUCUACCAGCAUGUCACCUGUGCAACUAGAGGCGAAAAAACUCUAGAUGACCUUUACUCCAAACACAGAGACCCAUACAAAGCUCUCCCUCACCCUCCAUUUGGCAAAUCUGACCAUAACUCUAUCCUCCUGAUUCCUGCUUACAAGCAAAGAAUUUAAACAGGAAGUACCAGUGACGCGCUCAAUAUGGAAGUGGUCAGAUGAAGCGGAUGCUAAGCUACAGGACUGUUUCGCUAGCACAGACUGGAAUAUGUUCCGGGACUCAUCCGAUGGCAUUGAGGAGUUUACCACAUCAGUCACUGGCUUCAUUAAUAAGGGCAUCCACGACGUCGUCCCCACAGUGACCAAGCUCAUCACUAAGCUAAUGAACCUGGGACUGAAGACGUCCCAGGUCAACGGGAUCCAGGACUUCCCAGGUGGUGAGGGUAGGCAACAACACCUCUGCCAGGCUGAGCCUCAACACGGGGGGCCCUCAGGGGUGCGUGCUUAGUCCCCUCCUGUACUCCCUGAUCACCCACGACUGCGUGGCCAAACACAACUCCAACACCAUCAUUAAGUUUGCCGACAACACGACGGUGGUAGGCCUGGCACAUCUACUGGUGUAUAUACUUACUUUUUAAAAACUCUGCAUUGUUGGUUAAGGGCUCGUAAGUAAGCAUUUCACGGUUAUAUUCGGUGCAUGUGAUGAAUACAAUUUGAUUUGAUAUAGCCAAGUUAUCGUUACUCAUAGUAUAUUUAUUCAUACUUUUAUUAUUACGUAUUUUACUUUUCUAUUAUUUCUCUAUUUUCUUUCUCUCUGUAUUAUUGGGAAGCACCUUCACUGCUUCACCAAGCAUCUGACAAAUAAAAUGUUAUUUUAUUUGAUAAUAGCCCAGUUGUAACUUGUUCUGUCCCUGACUGGUACUAAAGUAGACAACCCUACUUCCUGAACAGAGAAAGAGAGAGAACUGAGACUAAUUGAAUCUGUUAUUGAACCGAUGGCACUUGGCAAUGAGGUGUGGGGUCCACUUGCAAAACAAGAUUUCGCCCAAUGGGACAAACACCCAUUACAAACCUGAAUGCAGAGUUCUGUAAGAUUGCAUGCAAGCAGAAUUAGGCCAAUAUCCACUAAUAAUAAAAUAUCCACUAAUAAUAAAAUAUCCACUAAUAAUAAAAUAUCCACUAAUAAUAAAAACAAAAUAAAGAGCAAUUCAGUUUUGGAAACAUCUCAAAUACAGUGACCCCCUCUCAUAUCAUUACCAAGCCCAGCAAUGCCAAGAGCUGAGCAAAGAAAAUAGUCCCCUCAUCCUGGGGCUGAGCUCACAAACCUGUUCUACUAACACACUGCCUCAUGACCAGAACAUCCAAUAAAUCAGAAUAAACAAAAUUAGUGAGAGAGAGAGAGAGGAAGAGAGAGAGAGAGGCAGAGAGAGUGAGAGAGAAAGAGAGAGAGAGGCAGAGAGAGUGAGAGAGAGAGAGGGAGAGAGAGAGAGAGGGAGAGGCUGAGAGAGAGAGAGGGAGAGAGAGAGAGAGUGAGAGAGGAAGAGAGAGAGAGAGGCAGAGAGAGUGAGAGAGGAAGAGAGAGAGAGAGGCAGAGAGAGAGAGGCAGAGAGAGUGAGAGAGUGAGAGAGAGAGAGGGAGAGAGGGAGAGAGAGAGAGAGAUCCAGCCAACAGGACAUGACACCAAGGUGUGUGCACAAGGGCAUGUGUGUAGGACCAGAGGGUGACACAGAGCAGGGCUGAUGGUUUGAUUGAAACCAGGGUUGAGUCUUGGCAGGUCACAUGUUCUCAUACUAAACGAGACACACACACACAUUACCACCCUCCUCCCCUCUCCGGCUCUGCUCCUCCAGAUAGCACAGUCUCGCUCAGCUAAACCAAUCAAGGCUCUCUGUUCACUAUCACUUCAGCCAAUCAGGGCUGUGUUCACUGUGACGUGGCCAUGUCAGUCUCUGCCACUGCAGAGUAGCACCUCUGGGCUAAGUGUUGGACUAGGUGACAGUGAAGAAGAGCAGUGUGUGAAUACUGACGUUAAACAAUAGAGCGGAUAGGGACUGUGUUGUGGCACGUAGGGAGGACACAGACUAGAACACAUUGUACAUUCACACAAAGGCUAUAUCUCCACUAACAUACCACCCUACAAUGUGGGUUUUGUUUUGUUUUAACCUCUGGAAAUAUUUAAAGAUACAUGUAUGAACAGACUUGUUCAUGUUUUAAAAUCCUUUAAUUCUAAGCCCUCUUUGCCGUUAUCUCACUGUGUGUCAGGUUUCAGUCCUCUGUCUCUGUGUGAUUAAACUGCCUCCUGCGUGGUUAUCUCUGUAGUGAACCACAUCAACUUCUCAUCACCCCCUCCCUCUCUCCUCCCUCUUUCCCCCUCUCUCUCUCUCAUCUCUCUCUUCUCAUCACCCCUCCCUCUCUCCUCCCUCUCUCCUCCCUCUCCCCCUUCUCUCUAUUCUCUCUCUUCAUCACCCCCUCCCUCCCUCUCUCCCCUCUCUCUCUCUUCUCUCUCUUCUCUCUCCCUCUCUCCCUUCUUUCUGUCUCUCUCUCCUCUCUCCCUCUCUCCAGUAAAUCAUGGGAAGUUUCCUAAGCAGGAGAACUCGUAUGCGUUUGAGGAGGACAGCAGCAGGGACAGUCUGUCUCCAGAGCAACCCCACAGUGACAGUCUGUCUCCAGAGCAACCCCACAGUGACGAGUCCCAGGGGUCCGCAUGCCCCUUUUCUGAAGCCAUGGGCAGCACCCCGUCCUCCUCCUCGUCACCAGCCCUCACUGGCCCUAGACAGGUAAUAUUCCUCCUCCUUUUCCCUCUUCUUCCUACCCCUCUCCUCCUCUUCCUCCCUUUGAUAAUGUAUCAUAACAUAAACUAUCCUCCAUGAGUACACACUAUGAACAAUAGGUGCACCAAAGAUACACUCUCCUCCAUGCCUUCAUAGGCAUACUCCAGUCAGUUAUGUGUAGUAGUGAGUCAUUUCAAGCAGAGACCUAGGUUAAGUCUGCCCUCCUGUGGUGGUUGGGAGAAUCACAGCAUCCUACCCAGGAUUCUCUAGUGACCGUUGGAACGUGUGUGACUGGUGUUUGGCACGUUUCACAUUCCUCCACGCCAGUUAGUCUGUCUCACACAGACACAGUGUGGCACUGGCUACUGCUUCCUGUGGUUUAUCAUCUGUGACUCCCUGCAUUCCACACCACUCUCCUCGCUCUCACUGUGUAGACAGAGAUGAUGACAUCAUUCCCAACAGUCACUAGAAGCUUCUGCCAUAAACCGUUUGCUGAUUUUAAGUGUUUACCGAAAAUCAGCUUGGACUUAGUACCCAGUUCCUAUUUUUAAAUAUCAACAUGUCAACUAUUGUUUUCAUUUUUUCAAUUAUCAAUUAAUUUAUUUGGGGUUGUCUUUGAAUUCAUCUUGUUGUUUUCAGAUUGGCCACCCAGUGAAUGUAGUUGACAUUUUCUACAUUUAACGUCUUUCUACUGACUCCCUGUCUGUGUUUGUGUUCCAGAGGUGUCAGAGCAGAGACCCGUCUGAUCAGAGCAAGGGAGAUGGCUUGUCUGUGGCUAACGAUAGGCAGUCUGCAACCCCACCGGUCCCUGCCGUAGUCAACGUAGGAACAGACACUUCACUGUCAUAGCAUGGACCUCUUUAUAGUCAAGACGGUGCAUCCAAUGAGAGAACAUCAACUUGUAUUGUAUUUAAUAGUAUGUCCUCACUAUUUCUCCCAUUUCAUUCUACAGUCCAAGACGCCAGACAAGAACCACCACAAAAAGCCCAAAGACGUGAAGCCCAAGGUGAAGAAGCUGAAAUACCACCAGUACAUCCCUCCGGACCAGAAGGCUGAGAAGUCCCCCCCUCCCAUGGACUCAGCCUAUACCAGGCUCCUGCAGCAACAACAGCUCUUCCUGCAGCUGCAGAUCCUCAGCCAGCAGAAACACUCCCAGCAUGCCCAACACACACAGCAACGCCAGCAUAGCUUCAACUACCAGCCUCUGCACCAGCCGGCCCAAGCCCAGAAGUGAGUACCCCGAAUAGGGAGUGGUCUAACCCGAACCCCAUGUCUCAGAUCUGGCCUUCAAUUUACACCAUUUCUAUAAAUAUAGCAUAAUAUUGUUGUCUUUUGUGGUGUUUAUCUACCAGAAAUCUCCUGUUCCCAUAUCUGUAGACAAUCCAGUGAGCAGCUGACGGUGUGUAGCUCCAGUGUCCCUACUAACACGGUCAACGGUAGCUCCUUGUCUUCAUUGAAGACCACAUACUCCGGUCAAACCAACGUCUCACCAGUCAAACCUGCUCCUCUGCCACCUAACCUGGAUGACCUGAAGGUAGGUACUGUCUCUCCGUAGAGUGAGGGAAAUAUUCCUUAGUACGAGUUGGAAAGAGAACUCACAUACUGUAACUAUAAGAUUUUCAAAAUGCAAGCAUCAGUUUUUUCUCUCUCUCUCUCUCUCUCUCUCUCUCCUCUCUCUCUCCUCUCUCUCUCUCUCUCUCUCUCUCUCUCUCUCACUUUCCCUCUCUCUCUCUCACUUUCCCUCUCUCUCUCUCUCUCUCCCUCCAUCCAACAGGUGUCAGAGCUCAGACAGCAGCUGCGUAUCCGGGGCAUGCCAGUCUCAGGCACCAAGAUGGCCCUCAUCGAGAGACUCCGCCCCUUUAAGGACCCCACCCCAAGCCCCUCCCAUUCAGGCUCCAAUGACAUCUCCACGGCCACCUUCCCUGUCACCCCCACGGGGUCCCUGUCCUCCUACCAGUCCCCCUCCAGCACCCUCUCCCAGGGCGGGUACUGCCACUACCCCAGCACUUCCUCCACCCCACCCAUCUCCCCCACAUCCUCAGACCUCUCCCUCAGCGGCUCGCUCACAGACAGCUUCAGCGGCAUGCCCAUGUCCUCCUCUCCACUGUUUUGCGUCCAGCCAUCCCCGGGCCAGCUCAGCGCUGAGGAAGGCCUGGGGGGAGGGGGUCUGAGUGGGAUAGGACUGCAGGGAGGGGAGGGUGGAGGGAUGGAGCGGGAGAAGGAUAAGAUGUUGGUGGAAAAACAGAAAGUGAUUGAGGAGCUGACGUGGAAGCUGCACCAGGAACAGAGACAGGUGGGGAACCACACUGUUCAAAUCAAUAUAGCUAUGUUGUCCCUAAAGGGCAAUUCAAGGCUAAGCUGACCUACUGUUAACAGUCUGUUGUUCAACAGCUAGCUGACCUACUGUUAACAGUCUGUUGUUCAACAGCUGACCUACUGUUAACAGUCUGUUGUUCAACAGCUGACCUACUGUUAACAGUCUGUUGUUCAACAGCUGACCUACUGUUAACAGUCUGUUGUUCAACAGCUAGCUGACCUACUGUUAACAGUCUGUUGUUCAACAGCUGACCUACUGUUAACAGUCUGUUGUUCAACAGCUGACCUACUGUUAACAGUCUGUUGUUCAACAGCUGACCUACUGUUAACAGUCUGUUGUUCAACAGCUGACCUACUGUUAACAGUCUGUUGUUCAACAGCUGACCUACUGUUAACAGUCUGUUGUUCAACAGCUGACCUACUGUUAACAGUCUGUUGUUCAACAGCUGACCUACUGUUAACAGUCUGUUGUUCAACAGCUGACCUACUGUUAACAGCCUGUUGUUCAACAGCUAGCUGACCUAAUGUUAACAGUCUGUUGUUCAACAGCUGACCUACUGUUAACAGUCUGUUGUUCAACAGCUAGCUGACCUACUGUUAACAGUCUGUUGUUCAACAGCUGACCUACUGUUAACAGUCUGUUGUUCAACAGCUGACCUACUGUUAACAGCCUGUUGUUCAACAGCUGACCUACUGUUAACAGUCUGUUGUUCAACAGCUGACCUACUGUUAACAGCCUGUUGUUCAACAGCUAGCUGACCUAAUGUUAACAGUCUGUUGUUCAACAGCUAGCUGACCUACUGUUAACAGUCUGUUGUUCAACAGCUGACCUACUGUUAACAGUAUGUUGUUCAACAGCUGACCUACUGUUAACAGUCUGUUGUUCAACAGCUGACCUACUGUUAACAGUCUGUUGUUCAACAGCUGACCUACUGUUAACAGUCUGUUGUUCAACAGGUGGAGGAGCUCAAGAUGCAGCUGCACAAGAGGAAGCGUUGCCAUGGCGCCACACAGGAGAGCGUCCCGGCUCCGUCCCAGCCCCACCACCUUCACCUCCUGCAAUCCCCCUCCCUGAUGGGGAAGCACUUCUUUGGGGUGACAGUCAAGCAGGAGCCCAUGUCCCUUUCCUCCAGCUGCCCCUUCUCCUCCCCCAAGCACCUAAAGAGUCCUCCAGGAAGCUGCAUGGAGGGGAUGGGCCAUUGUGGUGCCUCGCUGCCCAGUAUGGGAGGCCCUGGUGGGCCACGACGCCUGGACCAGACCCCCUCCUCUGGAAGUCCCUCAGGCAUGUGUGCCUUCCUCAGCCCCCUGUGCUCUCCUGAAGACUCACCCAUCGCCAAGACCUCCAGCAGCCCCCAGCCUUCCUCCCCCAACAACCCCUACCUGAUGUCACCGCCGCUGGGCAGAGACGGGUGUAGCCAUCCCCACAACCAGUCCAGCACCAGGCCCCGCAACAUGCAGGUAGGCCUUAGGCAGAACGUUAGUUAUGAGCCUUCCGAUACAUAAUGGCUAAACUUCCUUUAUAUUGUGUCUGUUGUGACUCUAUUCUUAGUGGUCAUGACAGUCAUGUAUUCUCUCCUAACAGAUUCAGCAGAAGAAAGAAGGUCAGGCUGUAAACUGCUCCUAUCUGUCUGACCGGAGAAGCCUUCAGCUCCCCAAUUCAGCCGACAACAGCCUGAACCACAGGGUCAACCUUAAAGCCAAGAACCCAGAUAUGCAGCACAAGGUGAGAGCUAUUCUUCUGUUUGAAGGUCUUGGUCUGUGACGGAUUAACAUGGUUGUGUGUCACACAUCACCCGUCACGUUCACUUAACACAUUUUCUGCCUUCCAUUCAUGUGUUGCUUCUCUCUUAAACUUCCAUCAUGAGGUUCAUGAUACUCUUCACAACUCCAUCUUUUGAGAAAGAUGAAGCUGUUUCCAGCUGAUCUCUCCCAUUUUAUCCUAUGAGCUAGCGAUCACAUUUUCUCAGGAACUUUUUUAAAGCAUCUUGUUUUUUUUAUCAGGAUUCAUUUUCAAAUCAGUAAUACAACUUUAUUCGACCUUUUUUUUCUUCUUCAUAUAGAUACCUAUAUUGCCCUAUCCCCGGCAUGUUGGCCAAAAGUGCACGGUCUCAUCCCCCGCCUUCUGUAGCUCAGAUUCAUCUGACUCUAGACAGCCCCCUUGCUAUGAGGAUGCAGUCAAGCAGGUAAACUAAAUGAUAAACCAAACUCUGCUCCUGAUCAUGGCUGGCCAAUGCUUUUUGUUUCGUUGUUGUAACCUCUGUGGCGUUCUCUCUCUCUCUCUCUCUCUCUCUCUCUCUCUCUCUCUCUCUCUCUCUCUCUCUCUCUCUCUCUCUCUCUCUCUCUCUCUCUCUCUCUCUCUCUCUCUCUCUCUCUCUCUCUCUCUCUCUCUCUCUCUCUCUCAAUCCAACCAUCGCUUCAUCCAUUGCACACUUUGCACCCUUGACCAAGUUUGACUGCUGCCUGCUUUGUGGUUGUGUUAUUUACAUUUUAGUCAUUUAGCAGACGCUCUUAUCCAGAGCGACUUACAGUUAGUGAGUGUAUAUAUUUUUCAUAUGUUAUGUAGAGUUGUGGUUGUGUUGUGUAGAGUUGUGGUUGUGUUGUGUAGAGUUGUGGUUGUGUUGUGUAGAGUUGUGGUUGUGUUAUGUAGAGUUGUGGUUGUGUUAUCUAGAGUUGUGGUUGUGUUAUCUAGAGUUGUGGUUGUGUAUCUAGAGUGUGGUUGUGUUAUCUAGAGUUGUGGUUGGUUAUCUAGAGGUUGUGUUAUCUAGAGUGGGUGUAUAGGUUGUGGUUGUUUCUAGAGUUGUGGUUGUGUUAUCUAGAGUUGUGGUUGUGUUAUGUAGAGUUGGGUUGGUUUGUGUGGUUGGGUGUAGAGUUGUGGUUGUGUUAUCUAGAGUGUGGUUGUGUUAGAGGUUGGUGUGUUAUCUGAGAGUUGGUGGUUGUGUUAUCUAGAGUUGUGGUUGUGUUGUCUAGAGUUGUGGUUGGUUUUAGAGUGGUUGUCGUAGAGUUGUGGUUGUGUUUCUAGAGUUGUGUGGUUGUGUGUGUUGUCUAGAGUUGUGGUUGUGUUAUCUAGAGUUGUGGUUGUGGUCUGAUUGGGUGUGUUUAGAGUUGUGGUUGUGUUAGAGUGGUGAGUUGUGUAGAGUUGUGGUUGUGUUGUUAGAGUUGUGGUUGUGGUUAGAGUUAGUAGUGUGUUGUGUUGUGUGGUGUGUAUCUAGAGGUUGUGGUGUGUGUUGUUCUAGAGUUGUGGUUGUGUUAUCUAGAGUUGUGGUUGUGUUAUCUAGAGUUGUGGUUGUGUGUUGAUCUAGAGUUGUGGUUGUGUUAUCUAGAGUUGUGGUUGUGUUGUGUAGAGUUGUGGUUGUGUUGUCUAGAGUUGUGGUUGUGUUGUCUAGAGUUGUGGUUGUGUUGUGUAGAGUUGUGGUUGUGUUGUCUAGAGUUGUGGUUGUGUUGUCUAGAGUUGUGGUUGUGUUGUCUAGAGUUGUGGUUGUGUGUGUAGAGUUGUGGUGUGUUCUAGAGUUGGGUUGUGUUUCUAGAGUUGUGGUUGGUGAUAGAGUUGUGGUUGUGUUGUGUAGAGUUGUGGUUGUGUUAUCUAGAGUUGUGGUUGUGUUGUAGAGUUGUGGUUGUGUUAUCUAGAGUUGUGGUUGUGUUGUCUAGAGUUGUGGUUGUGUUGUCUAGAGUUGUGGUUGUGUUAUCUAGAGUUGUGGUUGUGUUAUCUAGAGUUGUGGUUGUGUUAUCUAGAGUUGUGGUUGUGUUGUGUAGAGUUGUGGUUGUGUUGUCUAGAGUUGGUUGGUUUAGUUGGUUGUGUUUAGAGUUGUGGUUGUGUUGUGUAGAGUUGUGGUUGUGUUGUCUAGAGUUGUGGUUGUGUUACUAGAGUUGUGGUGUGUGUUGUCUAGAGUUGUGGUUGUGUUUUAGAGUUGUGGUUGUGUUAUCUAUAGUUUGUGGUUGUGUUUGUAUCUAGAGUUGUGGUUUGUUUUUAGAGUUGGGUUGUGUUUCUAGAGUUGUGGUUGUGUUAUUGAUUGUGGUUGUUUUCUAGAGUUGUGGUUGUGUUAUGCUAGAGUUGUGGUUGUGUUAUCUAGAGUUGUGUUGUGUUAUCUAGAGUUGUGGUUGUGUUGUUCUAGAGUUGUGGUUGUGUUAUCUAGAGUUGGUGGUUCUAGAGUUGUUGUGUACUAGAGUUGGUGGUUGUGUUGUUAGAGUUGUGGUUGUGUGUUAAGUUGUGGUUAGUGUUGAGUAGAGUUGUGGUUGUGUUAUCUAGAGUUGUGGUUGUGUGUUAGAGUUGUGGUAUGUGUGUAUCAAGAGUUGUGCUUCUGUUGUCGUAGAGUUGUGGUUUGUGUAUGUGUAGAGUUGUGUGUGUUAUCUAGAGUUGUGGUUGUGUUGUUAGAUGUGGUUGUUAUCUAGAGUUUGGUGUGUUAUCUAGAGUUGUGGUUUGUUGUCUAGAUUGUGGUUGGUUAUCUAGAGUUGUGGUUGUGUGUAUCCCAGAGUUGCUUUGUAUCUAGAUUGGGCUGUGUUAUCUAGUUGUGAGUUGUGUUAUCUAGAGUUGGGGGUAUCUAAGUUGGGUGAUCAUGGAUACAGGUUGGGUGGUUUUCAAGUGUGGUUAAAGUGGGUAUCCCCAAGUCCUAGCAAUACUAUCAGACAGCAAUAAUCAAAUAUAUCUAUGCAAUCAGUACGUGGUACUUUAAUCGUGAAUAGUUGAAAUCCCCACCAGGUCCCGAAACCAGACAUUUCUGUUUGUUUCUUGACGGGUACUAAAGAAUGAUAAAGCACAAAUGUAACAAGUCUGUUAAUAACAUUUGUAUUCCUUUUUUAGCAACUGACCAGAAGUCAGCAGAUGGAUGAGCUUCUGGAUGUGCUCAUAGAGAGUGGAGGUGGGUCAACUGACUCAUAAUCAGUCUCAAUAUGUGUGAUGUAAACAAUGUUUAGAUUUAGAAAUUGGAUAGCGAAUAUAGCUGUCAGUGCAUGUUGUUGCUAUGGUUACGAAUGAGUAAUGGCUUAGUAGCUGCAAGCAAUUUAGUCCCCCUUCACAAGGUACUACUCAGUUUGCCUGCCUACAUACCAUCCAUCACCCCUUAGUUAAGUAACUCCAGAUUUCCCUCUUACAUGGGUAUUAAAUCACACUCUGUGCUGUGACUCCCCCCCUCCCCCCCUCCUCUUCUCUUCAAGAGAUGCCAGCUAACGCCAGAGAAGAGAGGGAGAGGUCCUCUGUAACCAAAGUUGUGCCUCACAUUACAGUGUCCCCCGGAACCACCGGCCUCGCCGACCCAAAGUUCCACCAGAGACACUACGAGCACCUGUCCCCCUCCCAGCUCAAUUAUGACCACACAGCCAAUCACAUUGCAGACAGCCACCUGGAGACCCUGCUGGGAAGCCCCCUAGGCCGAGGGGGUGAGGUCACCCUUCUUAAGAUGGCCGCAGAGGAAUCAGAGGAGGGGGAUAUUGGACUACAGAGCUACCCCAGCCCGAACCAGCACCACCCGAACCAACACCCCCACCAGGACAAACUGCUCUCCAACAGGGGCCUGAUGGAAACCCCAACACCUCUAUCUCCCAUCCACUCCAUCAACGCCAAAGUGACGUCUAUGGCCGAAGUGCAGGGGACGGUCGGCAUGACGUUUAGCGAGUCACCGUGGGAGACUAUGGAAUGGAUGGACCUGACGCCCCCGAGCUUGGCUACGGGGUUCAGCUCUAUCCCGCCCACUGGGUCAAGCAUCUUUAACACAGAGUUCCUGGAUGUUACAGACAUCAACCUGAAUACAGCCAUGGACCUUCAUCUAGAGCACUGGUGA